AUGUGGGUCACUCCCGGGCCUUCUGUGUUCCAGCUGGCAGCCAUGCCGGUGCUGGUCGCCGAGGAGGGGCCAGAAGGCUGGCGCCCGGCCCCGCUGUAUGAAGAGUACCGGCCCCCACCCCUGGACUCAGUCCGCCUGCCCAGGUACGCUCUGUACCUGCUGCUGGCUGCACUCCUGGUGGUGGCUGUGGCCUACGCCAUCGUUGGGCACCUCAUCAAGGACCUCGCCCACGACCUGGCUGACUGGGCUUUCGGCCCGAAGCUGGACCAGGGGGACGCCCCCCGGGAGCUGCGCCCCAGCCUGGAGGGGGAGGACCUGGAAGAACUGGACUUUGAGCUGGCCCUGGCCUGGCAGGGUGAUGAGGACUCCAGCACGGCCUGGCAUCGCCGGCUGGCUGUAGGCGGAGGCUCCUCGUGCACCAUGGAGACCCGGGAGGCCCUUCUCGUGCUCAGUGUCCUGCUCCUGUCCCCGGCCGAGGCCCAGCAGCAGAGGCGCCCGGAGCAGUGGCUGGUGGGUCUGGCCGCAGUGGUCGGCUUCCUGUUCAUCGUCUUCGUGCUUAUGAUUGCCAAGCACGUCUGGUGCUCAAAAGUGAGAGCUGAGAACGAGGAGGUCAGGAUGGAGGGCCAUACCUAUGAGGAGCACAUAAACCUGAGUAAAGAAGGCAAAACAUCAACAUCGGAGGAAAAGAAGGAGGAGGCCGAGAUGGAAGGAAACAGCAACUUGGGGCUGGAGCUGGAUGAGGGUGAGGAGCCCAAAGCCGAGAAGGGCAACACACAGUUUUGAAGACUGCCUGCUCCCUCCUCCAGGCAGCCCUCCAGGGAGCCCCUCUCACAGCCUUAAGCAGCGACCUGGACCUGCAGCCACCCAAUGGCCCUCUCCAGGGUUGAGACACAACACCCAGGCUUUUUCUACACCUUCCUAAUUUGUUCUGUCUGGCGAUUUUUCUUGUAUUUGGAGAGGUGUCCUGGUCACAGAGAACGCCCCACACCCUCACUGUCUAACUCGUGGCGCUCCCUGCCUCUGCCCACUGCCUCGUUUCUCCUCCCUCUGCCUGAGGUCCGUUGCGCAGAGCCUCUAGC